AUGCUCCAUAUCCACUUCCACUUCUGCAAGUGCGACACUAUUUUUUGCUGCUUCGGGAGCGGAGAAGCCCUACCCUCUAAGCCUCCGCCUUCAGGUCCGAGCACGCUCAUUCAGACCCAACCUCAACAGCAAGGUGCAAUGCGACUUUCGUGGAGAGAUAUCAUGACACUUGAGUUUAUGAUGUUACGUUUAUGUCUACAGUAG